AACGGUGCAACCGACGGACCGGACCGGGCCGCUUCCGGGGCCGGGCCCGCUUCUAGGCCCCGGUGUCGGUGUCAGGCCCCGGUGUCGGUUCCAGCCCCGGUACCGGCUGUCGGGAUGCGGCUGUUACCGGUGCUACGAUUGCGGCUCCACCCCGGGGCCACCGGAGCGGCGGGGCCCGGUGUCGGGUACCGGCAGGGGCAGAGCCCGGGGCCCCGCACCCGCGAGUAUUUCUACUACCUCGAUCACCAGGGCCAGCUUUUCCUGGACGACACCAAAGUCAAGAACUUCAUCACCUGCUUCAAAGACGUAGGGUUCCUCACCUUCUUCUUCAAGCGGCUGGAGCCGAACCGGAGCGGACGUUACGAAACCGAAUUCCCUUUCCUCUCGCUCUGCGGUCGGGAACGGAAUUUCCUCCGGUGCGACGAUCGUCCCAUCGUCUUCACCCAAAUUUUGCCGGGUUCCGGUGAGAAUCGAUUCCUCUCCUACUGCGGCGGCGGCGAGCGUCUGGUUGUACCAUUUCAACCAGAAAGUUUAGUGGUUUUACCGGAAAACGGGCGGCUUUAUCAUCCGGCACCGGCAAAGGCGGGUGGCGUGGGUUUGGUGCGCUCGGCGUUGGCUUUCGAGUGGAGUCCCGGUUUCGAGUACGGUCGGGGGCCGGCGCAGCCCCCCACUCAUUUUGUCUGGGAAGGACGGCGCUACCGGCUCACCGAAGAAUUGCUACCGCUGCUUCGUGCCGGCACUGGCUGCGCCGGGGAAUCCCCGGCUGUCCCGGUCACCCCACGUCAGGGCUGAGUUUGGGGACCCCCCCCAACCGACACCCCCACACCGAGAGGACAAGGGGCGGCCGGAGCACUGGGCUCGCCGCGGCGGGGCGGGUGGUGCCGCGGUGACCGAAACCCUCGUUAAUUGAUGAAAAACAAAGAGCUUUA